CGUAAUGUGUGCGAGUUUAAAUAUAAUAAACUUGCACUGGAAGUUGGAUGUACAUCCGUGCUAAAUUUAAGUAAAGAGAGAGAGCAGUUGUAAACAUAUUGUGAAUGUUGUUCUUUGGAGACCAAUUCUUUGUUAGGUUGAACAAAGCUGAAGAAUCAAUUUAAACUUUGUAAAUGUAUGAUAAAGCAUCAUGGCUAAUGGAAGAAAUCCUCAGACGGUCACUUUGUUUGAUGAGUCUGCUAAUGAGGAUCAGGCGGUGAAUCAAGUAUCUGUACUAAACAACAGCAUACCUCUCCAAUUGUUGGUGGAGUGUCUAUUAGAAAUCCUCUGUCAACUCCAAGAAAAGGAUCCCAUGAAAAGAAACUUGAUUUAUAAUGCUCUAUGCCAGAAAUUGAUUAGUCUCAAGCUACUGAACUACAUUUAUCCAACAAAACAAUUGGAAUGGUUAAAAGGCCAUGUCUGUAAGAUCAUCUUGGAGUUGUUUGAAGAGAAAAGGAAUAGUCUUAGCUUUAUUAAGAAUGGAAAUAUGAAGAACUUUAAUAACACCCUGGAGCUUGUACCCUCAAGCUCAAGGUCCCCCUUGUUGAGCACAACAAAUCUAAGCCUUAGUAGAUAUGAAAAUGAAUUUCAAGAAAUUGGAAAAGUGGCAGAAGGAGGUUUUGGUGUAGUUUGUAAGGCCCGAUCUCGCUUAGAUGGCCAUGAAUAUGCUAUAAAGAAAAUAACAUUUAAGAAUUGCAGACUGUCAGAAAAGGUUCAGAGAGAAGUGAAGUUGUUUGCAAAACUGUCACAUCAUAAUGUUGUCUGCUAUAAAAAUUCUUGGAUUGAAACACACCUUGUGUUUGAUCUGCCAUGUUCUGAGCAUACUUCAAAUGAAAAUGUCUUGGAUGUGGAAUCAACUAGUGGAAGCAGCAAUGGGUGUUCUGAAGAUUCUUCAAUAACAUUUCCAAGUGAUACAUUCUUCCAAGAAAAGCUUGGUUAUAACAAGGAAGAACAUGUGGAACAGGUUGUUCAGCAUCACAUGAGUGGUGGUGUACAUCAGACAAAAGCAAUACAAAAAUACACCUCCCUUACUGUUAAAAGUGAUUUCAAGCCCACAGUACUUAGCAGUUCACCUGUGAAGCUAAAAGCAGUAACAGAAAAAUCUGAGAGUUCAUGCACAUCUCAUCAGAGUCGUAGUAUUAACGAAAACUGUAUGACAGAUAAUAGCAGUGAAGGUUUAAGUGAAGCUUGUGAUACAGAUGCAGAGGACUCCCAACUUUGCAGAAAGCACAUUCAAAGAAUUAAGUCCAAAAGUUAUUCAGGAUUUGAGAAAGUAGUAAUGAAUGAUUGUUUAAAUCCAGUAUCAAAAAGGUUGUCUACACUAGAAUUACAGCACUAUGAAUUAAAAAAUGAUUUUUUAAACAUUUUGAAGACCUUGAAGUUGCAAUCCAUUAUGUACAUACAGAUGGAACUAUGUGGAGAGAGCCUUAAGGAUUGGUUGAACAAGAGAAAUGAAUUUGAACCCCGAACAGGAUCAGAAGUAUUUCAAAAGGUAGACGAAGAUACAGUUUUGAAAAUUUUCCAGCAGAUAUUGAAAGGCAUAGCUUAUAUUCAUUCCAAAGGCCUUAUUCAUAGAGAUUUAAAGCCCCAAAAUAUAUUGUUUGAAAUUGGAAACAACUCCAGAGUUAAAAUAGGAGACUUUGGAUUAGCCACCAUGGCUUCAGCUGACCAUGACAGUUUUGACCAUCAUUUUCAGGGGGAUUUUGAUAACUAUUCCAGUCACACAAAGGGUGUAGGGACAAGUCUGUACUCUGCACCUGAACAACAGAAAGGGUCAGGCUAUAACUUUAAGGCAGAUAUGUUUAGUUCAGGAGCAAUCUUUUUGGAGCUUUUACACCCUUUUGGUACAGAAAUGGAAAGAAUAAGAUGUCUGAAAGCACUUCAAACUGAAAUGCUUCCGAAGGUAGUAGAAGAGAAGUGGCCAGAAUUGACACAAGUUCUAAAAAGAUUGAUUUUAACAAACCCAAGUGAAAGACCUACAGCUGUAGAAGCACUUAAUUCUAUGUGUAUUAACAAGAAUGAGGUCAUCAAAGAGUUACAAAAGGUAAAUAAUGAGCAGUUACGUACCAUUGAAGAAAAAGAAAAGACAAUAAUGAAACUGUAUGAUGAGCUAGAAAAGAAAAAUCAAGAACUGAGCCUGCUACGUAAUCAGGAGCAACUUUCAAGUUAACAAGAAGAGUAAAAUACAACUUGGGAGCAGCAUUGUUAAUUGGAAUUUAAAUGUCGAGAAUGUUCAGUGUUCAAGAAAUGCUAUUAUGGUACAAUGAUGUGAAGUUAUGCCAUCGUUUUAGGAAUAAAUCAGAUAGCAGUUGCUCUACAGAUGGGUUGACAUUUCAACUUGUUACAGCCUUUUAGGAGAAAUUUUACAUGGUGAUAAGAUUUCUCAAGUUUCUUGGCAAUGAGAGCCAGAAUCUUCUCAGCUCAAGAUGUGUAUAUACAUGUGAUGACUUUUCUGAUAUUGAUCUAGUCUGAUGUUGGUUAAAAAUAUAUUUUACAUUAACACCCUUUUUAUAACUGAAUUGUGAGGUUCAUUUUCAUUGUGCCAAGUUUACUAGUGAUGCUAGGAGGAAAGAUUGUAACGUAUUUAUUCUAUUAUUUUUAUCCCCCCUUUGAAAUAUAAUGUAGUAGUUUUUAACAAUUUCUCUCAACCAAAUAGAUUUGAGCUGCUUCUUGUGGAAUCUGGAAUUAGAACAAUAGUUACAUCUUAAUUGAAUAUUUAUUCAUCUGUAAAUAUUAUUUACUACUUGAAUUUUUUUUUAAUACAUAAUAAUCAAUUAGUAUACAUUAGACUAAAUAAAGGAUGUCUGUUUAAAUGCAAGCAGUUAAAGAACCUUAAACAUCACGUUGAAAUACUUAAUUUGUAGCUUGGAUUGCUAAUAUAAAGUAAUGGCAAUGUCAGAUUUUUUUUUCAGAAUUCACUUAUUUGGAAUCAUUAGUUGCUUUCUUUAUUAAAGUAGCAAAUAUUUCUGUAGUGUUUUUGCAUGUAUAUAUAUAAAUCUAAGCUCUUAGGACAUCAGUUCAUAAGUCAGUGUUGUGAUACAAAUGUUUUUCCAUAUACAAAGUAAAUGAAACCUAUAGUACUUAUUUCCUUACUAAAAGCUCUUUCUUUAGCAAAAAUAAAAAAACAUGACGAUUGUUAAAUAAAACGUGUAUAAAAUCCAGUGCAUUGUGAAUAAAGUAAUUUAUUACUGCUUUGUGGC